AUCGAUGAUGCUAUUUGGUAUAAAGUUGUAUCAAUACAUAACAUAAUUGAUAUUUUAAGAGAGCAUCAAGGUAUAACUUACAUGUUAAUCGCUGGAAAUACUGCAAAUGGCGUUUAUCGUAAUCAAAUAACUCCAAAACUUUUUAUCGAUAUUAAUGGUGUGUCAGAACUACGAAAACAUAUAAUCAAUAGUAAUAUAAUUUUGGGAGCCAAUAUUAAUUUAACCGAAACCAUGCUGUACUUGACAGAAUAUAGUAAAGUUAAGGGUUUCGAGUACGUUUUGGAGUUAGUAAAACACAUUGAUCUUGUAGCUAAUGUUCCUGUUCGUAAUGUUGGAACUAUAGCAGGAAAUUUGAUGCUAAAACAUCAGCAUCCUGAAUUUCCAUCGGAUAUAUUUUUGAUAUUAGAAUUGGUUGAAGCCAAACUGACAAUCAUGGAUAUAUGUGGAAGUAAAUUCAUAGUUUCUCCAGCAAACUUUCUAGACAUGGAUAUGGUUAACAAAGUGAUUGUGAAUAUUAUUCUUCCCCCUAUUAGAGGAAAAUAUAAUCUCAAGACUUACAAGAUAAUGAUUCGAGCUCAAAAUGCACAUGCUUAUGUAAAUGCUGGUUUUUGUCUGAAUUUAAAUCCUAAUACCGAAACUGUCGAAAAGGCUAAAUUGGUUUUUGGAGGAAUAGCUCCUACGUUUAUUCAUGCAACCAAAACUGAGAAAUUACUCUUGGGUAUGAAUUUAUUCGACAACAAUGUUCUAAAGUCAACACUAGAAGCACUUCAUGCAGAAAUAGAGCCUGAUUGGAUUCUUCCAGACGCUUCUCCUGAAUAUAGAAAAAAUUUAGCAAUAUCUUUAUUCUACAAGUUUGUUCUACAAUCCUGUCCAACAAAAAAUUUAUCAUCUAAAAACGUAUUUGGAAGAGAACUAUUGUUCAGAGGUUUGUCUUCCGGGCACCAAAAGUAUGACACAAAUAAAAGUAGUUGGCCACUUCAGAAACCGAUUUCCAAAAUUGAGGGUUUAGCACAGUGUUCCGGUGAAGCUCAGUAUAUAAUUGACAUUCCACCUUUUCCAAAUGAAUUAUAUGGGGCAUUUGUAUUAUCUACAAAAGCAGGAGCUGAAAUAACCAAAAUAGAUGUAUCAAAAGCUCUAGCAACAGAAGGUGUCGUUGCUUUCUUUAGCGCCAAAGACAUUCCAGGUAAAAACACAUUUAUCAACAUGACUAUGUUAUUGGCAUCAGAAGAAGAAGAAUUAUUUCCUGAAAAGACAGUAAAGUAUGUUGGUCAACCUAUCGGCGUAAUAGUGGCUGCAUCGCAGACAUUGGCAGUAGCUGCAGCAAAAUUAAUUGAUAUACAGUAUUCCCAUGAAGGAAAUCCGAAAAUAAAUGUUCAAGAUAUUAUAACGAAUGACAAAGAAAAUAGAGUCAAAUGCAAAAUGACAGUGGAUGCCAAAAAUCAAGGUGAAAAUAUUGAUAAUAUAAUCAGAGGUACGAUGGAAAUGGGAACUCAAUAUCAUUAUACUAUGGAAACACAUGUAGCAAUUUGUGUUCCCAUUGAAGAUGGCAUAGAUGUCUAUUCCUCUACACAAUGGAUAGAUGCAGUUCAAAUUGCAGUAGCUGAUGUUUUGAACAUUCCUGUUUGCAAGGUUAAUUUGGCUGUGAGGCGAAUCGGUGGUGGUUAUGGUAUGAAAAUAUCUCGCAGCAAUUUGGUGGCUGCAGCAUGUGCUUUAGCUGCUUAUAAAUUGAAGAAACCCAUACGAAUCGUUACAAGUUUUGAAGAUACAAUGAAUGCUUUCGGAAAAAGAUACGGGUGUAUCAAUGAUUACGAAGUGGCUUUUAAUAAACGUGGCAAAAUUCAAUAUUUAAAAAAUAGUUUUUACCAAGAUCAUGGUUGUUCAGAAAAUGAAAGUGUUUUAGCAUUUACAAUGGGCGUUAUAAGUAAUUGUUAUGAUAUGAGCAGCUGGGAUAUAAAAGCUUAUUCUGUAGUAACUGAUACUCCAUCUAAUACAUUUUGUCGCGCUCCAGGGUCCGCUGAAGCAACUGCCAUGAUUGAAAAUAUUAUGGAGCAUAUAGCAUAUGUUCUUGGAUUAGAGCCAUUAGAAGUGAGGCUAGAGAAUAUGAGGGAAAAUGAUAAUUUGCUUUUAGAAAUUAUUGAUGAAUUUAGGAAAAAAACAGAUUACGACCACCGCAAAACUGAAAUUAAUAAAUUUAAUAAACAAAACCGUUGGCGCAAACGUGGGAUUUCCAUCGUGCCACUAAUGUAUCCCUUGGAAUAUCUUGGUAAUUUUUGCGCAAUGGUAUGUAUUUACCAUGGCGAUGGAACAGCAAUCGUAACACAUGGUGGAAUUGAAUGCGGUCAAGGAAUUAAUACAAAGGCUGCACAAGUUUGUGCUUAUGCUUUGGGAUUGCCUCUGUCUAUGGUGCAAGUUAAACCUUCAUCGGCUUUAACUGCUCCAAACGCCUACUUAACUGGAGGAAGUUCAACGAGUGAAGCUUGUUGUUAUGCAGUUCUGGAAGCUUGUAAAACUCUGUUGAAAAGAUUGGCUCCUCUCAGAGAAAAAUAUGAAAAUCCGCCCUGGAAAAAUUUAAUUGCAAAAGCAUUUGACGAUGGUGUCGAUUUGCAAGCUACAGCUUUUUGUGACACAAAAAAUAAUGUUGAUACAUAUAAUAUAGCGGGUUUAACAAAUUGCGAAGUAGAAAUUGAUAUUUUAACAGGGAACGUAAUGAUUUUGAGAGUAGAUUUGUUGGAAGAUACAGGUGACAGUAUGAGUCCUGAAAUAGACGUAGGACAAGUGGAAGGUGCUUUUGUCAUGGGAUUGGGAUAUUGGUUAAACGAACAAAUUAUUUACGAUGAUAAAACAGGUGAAUUAUUAACUAAUAGAACUUGGACAUAUAAACCUCCUGGCGCAAAAGAUAUACCAAUAGACUUUCGAGUAGAAUUCAUACGCAAUUCUAAAAAUCCCUUAGGUGUCUUGCGAUCAAAAGCAACAGGUGAACCACCAUUCUGCAUGGCUUUUUCAGCAGACCUGAAACGUUUGACUAUUAAAUAUUUUUACUUCAAUAAAAUAGUUUCAAUUAAUGGAUGA